CUUCGAAAGAGGAGAAACGGAAGAUCAGUCCUUAAGGCAGAAGGCGAUACAGUUCCUGUACGAAUAACUAGGGAGCUCGACAAGAAACACGAGGUUUGGACCCGCUAUUGCUCAUGGAUCCCAUCAUCACCUUUCGCCUCUCAAGCACGCCUAACAGAGCCAAGCAUCAUAAUCCCGACCUUUCCGUCGCGGAUCAUGCGUAGGCCCGCCGGAUGUGCGUUCAGCAAUGAAUAA